AUGGCGUUGGAAGACUCGACUAUUGGUGACACGGCCGGUGACUGCGACGACCUUGAAGCAGAGGUCAGAAAGUCCCGGGAUGACAACGAUGCAACGGCAGUGGCGAAAAGGAAGAAGACGAGGAAUGCGAAGAGAAAACGGAAGUACGACGUCUACAAGGCGAAGGCAACCACCAUGAUUAACGAAAAGGACCGCCACAUUUCCGACCUGAAGGACAUGGUCUCUACUCUGGAGAAACAGCUCGAACAGCAGCUGGACGAGGUGGCCGCGGACUCGCUGGAGUGCAGUCGCAUGGAGAGGCUGUUUGCAGAUGCUCAGCAGCGCCUCAAAGAUCAGCAGCAGCAGUAUGCCAAUUUCGAGGAGCAGUUGCUGGAGAGGGACACUGAACUGACAAACGAAUAUCAGCUGGACGAGCUGCGGAUGCAGGCGGCUGAUCUCCGUGCGCAGCUCUCCCAGGCCCAGCAGGACUGCGACCGACAAUUCAGUCGAGCGCAGGCACCAACUGCGGAACUCAGCAAGAAGGAAGCCGAGUGCAAGGAGAACCAGGAGCGGAUCCAAGGGCUCGAGGCCGGCCAGAAUACCUUGUUGGCAAAAGUCUCAAAACUGGAGAAGCAGCUCCGUGCUUUGUUGCACAACCUCAAGAAAAACGAGACUGAACAAAAGACCACGAAGGAAGAGCUUGCGAAGCUCAAACAGGUGCUGGCCGUGGCAGAGAUAAAGAACGGGCGCUUGAAAGCGAAGCUUCAGGCAAGGCAGAAGCAAGCAGACAAACAAUCCAAACUGGAAGAAGAGGGGACGCAGCUGCAGGAAUUCGUGGAGAGGGUGGCAGCAUAG